AUGCCACGUUCUUAUAUUCGGAAAAAUAGAAGGGUCCAAUGGUCAGAAGUAGAUCUUCGAAAUGCAGUAAAUGAUAUUCGUGCAGGCAAAGGGUCGGUUCGGGAAAUAAGUCGUACUUAUAAUGUUCCAGUUAGAACCUUAAUGAGAAGAAUGCGUUCCGGAAAUUUGGAUAAGAUGGCAUUAGGUCGCAAAGGCUCACUUACUAUGGAACAAGAAGCAAGUUUAGCCAAAUAUAUACAAAACAUGGCAUUUCACGGCUUUGCUUUAACUGCUCAUGAUAUAAGAAAGCUUGCUUAUUCUUUUGUGGUCCAACAAAAUAUUCCACAUAAAUUCAAUACUGAACGGAAAAUGGCAGGACAAGACUGGUUUCUAGCCUUUAUGAGAAGACACCCUGUACUGGCCGUUCGUAAGGCUCAAGGUAUGUCUACUGCCACGGCCAAGGCCAUGACAAAACAAGAAUGUUCACAAUAUUUUGAAUUACUCGGAAACGUUUUUAGAGAAAAUAAUUCAUUGAAUACCCCACAAAAGAUUUUUAAUCUCGAUGAAACAGGAUUGCAAUUGAAUAACAAUCCAGGCAAAGUUGUGGUAUCAAAAGGCGCUAAAAUCGUAAAUUGUAUCACAAGCGCUGAAAAAGGAGAAACUAUUUCCGUUUUAACCUGUGUAAAUGCAGAAGGAACUUUUUUCCCACCCUGCUGCAUAUUUAAGGGUAAAAAUACAAAACGGGAAUUCGAAGAUGGCCUACCACCUGGCGGUAAGGUUGUUAUGGGCGAAAAGUCAGCUUAUGUCACAUCUGAAAUUUUCUUUCAAUGGUUUAAAGACUUUUUUAUUCCGCGGAAAGGUACCGGUAAGGUUCUAUUAAUUAUGGAUGGACGUUCCUCGCACUGUUCCAAUGUCGAACUCUUAGAUUUUGCUGUAGCGAAUGACGUGAUCCUGUUUUGUUUGCCCAGCCACACCACUCAUUGGCUCCAACCGCCUGAUCGCGUAUUCUUUAAGCCCUUGAAAGCUUAUUGGGCUCAAACUUGUCAAAACUGGGUACAUAACAAUCCUGGUCGAAAACUAAGCUGA